AUGACGUCAGACUCCGCCGGAGCCACAACCGCCGUCAACAUUAGCGGUAACUCAGAAACCCUAAAUCUCAAUUCCACAGAACUCUACUCAUCAGCAAUUUCCUCUGUUUCUCCACCGCUCCCUCCACAGAAACCACCGUUCUCUUCUCCUUCAAUCCCUCAAUCAAAACGUAUCCCCAAAACUAACUUCAUCGUCGAUUUGUUUCGCUUCCCACCAUCUUCCGAUUCCUCCUCCUCCGUCGCUUUCUUCCUCUCACACUUCCACUCCGAUCAUUACUCCGGCCUCUCUCCGUCUUGGUCCAGAGGAAUCAUCUUCUGCUCUCACAAAACCUCUCGCCUCGUGAAAGAAAUCCUUCAAGUUCCAUCACAGUUCGUCUUCCCUUUGCCUAUGAAUCAAAAGGUUGUGAUCGAUGGCUCUGAGGUUGUUCUGAUUGAUGCAAAUCACUGCCCAGGAGCGGUACAGUUCCUGUAUAAAAUCAAAUCGGUGAACGAUGGUUUCGAGAGGUACGUUCACACCGGAGAUUUCAGAUUCUGUGAUUCGAUGAGAUCAGAUUCGUAUCUUAGUGAUUUCGUUGGCUGUGAUGGUGUUUUUCUUGACACUACUUAUUGCAAUCCAAAGUUCGUUUUCCCCACUCAAGAAGAGUCUGUUGAUUAUGUGAUUAGUGCUAUAGAUAAGAUUGUUGAAGAGUCUAAGGUUAUGGAGAAAAGGGUUUUGUUUCUUGUUGCCACUUAUGUUGUUGGUAAAGAGAAGAUUCUGAUUGAGAUUGCUAAGAGAUGCAAAAAGAAGAUCUUUGUGGAUGCGAGGAAGAUGUCGAUUUUGUCUAUCUUGGAGUGUGGAGAGAGUGGAAUGUUUACAGAAGAUGAAAACGAGAGCGAUGUUCACGUUGUGGGAUGGAAUGUAUUGGGUGAGACUUGGCCGUAUUUCCGGCCGAAUUUCGUGAAGAUGAAUGAGAUUAUGGUUGAGAAAGGGUAUGAUAAGGUUGUAGGUUUUGUGCCUACAGGGUGGACUUAUGAAGUGAAGCGGAAUAAGUUUGCGGUGAAGUCUAAAGAUUCGAUGGAGAUCCAUCUUGUACCGUAUAGUGAGCAUUCGAACUACGAUGAACUGAGAGAGUACAUAAAGUUCUUGAAACCUAAGAAAGUUAUUCCCACUGUUGGAGUUGAUAUCGAGAAGCUUGAUAGCAGAGAGGUUUACAAAAUGCAGAAGCACUUUUCUGGACUGGUGGAUGAAAUGGCUAACAAGAAGGAUUUCUUAUUGGGUUUCUAUCAAAAGAAAAAGAAAAAUGACAUAGAUGUGGUGUCAAGCUUGACUGAGGUUUACCAAGGAGAAGAUAAGAAGGCAUGUGAAGACAGUGAAACUCCAUGCGAGAUAAUAGAUGCGUUUCCGUCAUCUACAGGAUCCUUAGUGCAUAAUACAGCUCCAAGAAGUAAUGAUUCUUUGGUGACUGAAAGAUUGCUGACAGAAUUACGUGAUUGUUUGCCUGGUUGGGUCACUGAAGAGCAGAUGUUAGAUCUGAUUAAUAAACAUGAUGGUAAUCCCGUAGAUAUAGUAAGUAACUUUUAUGAACGUGAAGCAGAGCUUUACAAGCAAUCCUCUCUUGCCACGUCUUCCUCGGAAAAUCAGGCUGUUUUGGUUGAUGAUAGUGUAACCGGCUUGCAACUAAAUCCUGUAAAGAGCACUUGGUCAGAUUGUCAACCAAGUCAAAAAGGUUUUGCCUUACCAAGCAAAGUCGGUUUAACAAAGGGUACUAUUUCUCCUGGAAAAAGAAGCAAAAGCAUAGGCAAUAAGUCAAACAAGAAGGUCAAGAAAGAUCCAAAGUCGAAACCAGUUGGUCCAAGGCAGUCAACGAUAACUAAGUUCUUCGAUAAGGCCUUGGAUAGUGGAUCUAAUUCUGUUGGUGUUGGUUCAGAGACUGAAGAAUGCAUUACAGAUGAAAAGAUGGUCCACAAUGAUGCUACAGAAGCAUACAAAGAAUUAACAGAUCAGUUUAUUGAUAUUGUUAAUGGUUCUGAAUCUUUAAGAGAGUAUGCUGCUUCCAUCAUUGAUGAGGCUAAAGGAGAUAUAAAUAGGGCAUUGAACAUUUAUUACAGUAACCCCAGUGGAAUACCUGGUGAGCAUGCAGGUGAGGGAGUACUCUCUAGCAAAUCAAAUCAGUUUCCGCAAUGUCCAGAAGCGUGUUCCUCUCAGGAGGACAAAAAAGCGCUAGAAAAAUCAGGAAAUGCCGUUAACUUAUGUGGACAGAUAUCAGCAGAGGAAAUUGCGGACAAAAGUUAUGUAUCUCUACCACCUGAGAAGUAUAAACCUAAGGAGCACGCUUGUUGGAGGGAUGGGCAGCCUGCUCCUUAUAUCCACCUUGUCCGAACGUUUGCUUCAGUUGAAGCUGAAAAGGGCAAGAUCAAAGCUAUGUCUAUGCUUUGCAACAUGUUUAGAAGUUUGAUGGCUCUCUCUCCAGAAGAUGUCCUGCCCGCUGUUUAUCUUUGCACAAACAAGAUUGCCGCUGACCAUGAAAAUAUUGAGCUUAAUAUUGGUGGAAGUAUGAUCUCUUCUGCAUUGGAAGAAGCAUGUGGAAUAAGUCGCGCUACUAUAAGGGAGAUGUAUAAUAGAUUGGGGGAUCUUGGGGAUGUUGCUCAGCUAUGUCGACAAACACAAAAGCUACUGGUUCCUCCUCCUCCACUUCUAGUGAGAGAUGUGUUUUCAACUCUACGAAAGAUAAGUGUGCAGACAGGUACUGGAAGUAAUCGGCAAAAGAAAAACCUCAUCGUGAAGCUAAUGCGCUCUUGUAGAGAGAAAGAGAUCAAAUUUCUUGUUAGAACAUUGGCCCGUAAUUUAAGGAUUGGCGCUAUGUUGAGGACUGUUCUACCUGCACUUGGGCGAGCAAUCGUUAUGAAUUCUUUCUGGAAUUGCCAUAACAAAGAACCAUCAGAAAAAUGUUUCAGAGAGAAACUCGAGGUUGUUUCUGCUGCAGUAGUUGAGGCAUACAAUAUACUUCCUUCUCUGGACGUGGUCGUUCCUUCUCUCAUGGACAAAGACAUUGAGUUCUCAACAUCAACUCUGUCAAUGGUCCCAGGGAUACCUAUAAAACCCAUGCUUGCAAAAAUCGCUAACGGGGUUCAGGAUUUUUUCAAACUCUUCCAAGACAAGGCUUUUACAUGUGAAUACAAAUAUGAUGGCCAGCGCGCCCAGAUCCAUCAGUUACUUGAUGGUACCGUGCGUAUUUUUUCUCGAAAUGGGGAUGAAACAACUUCUAGAUUUCCAGAUCUGGUUGAUGUUAUUAAACAGUUUUCUUGCCAUGCUGCUGAGACUUUCAUGUUGGACGCAGAGGUGGUUGCAAUUGAUAGAAAGAAUGGAAAUAAACUCAUGUCAUUCCAAGAGUUAUCAACAAGAGAGAGAGGAAGCAAAGAUGAUUUGGUAACUAGAGAACGCAUUAAGGUUGAAGUCUGCGUAUUUGUGUUUGAUAUUAUGUUCCUCAAUGGUGAACAGCUGUUGGCUUUUCCCCUUCGUGAGAGACGAAGACGUCUAAAGGAGGUCUUCCCUGAGACUAGGCCGGGUUAUCUUGAGUAUGCGAAGGAAAUCAUUGUAGGAGCAGACGAAGCGUCUUUGAAUAACCAAGACACUUUGUGUAGAAUAAAUGCUUUUCUAGAAGAAGCAUUUCAGUCAUCUUCUGAAGGAAUCAUGGUUAAGUCCUUAGAUGUUGAUGCCGGAUACUACCCCACAAAGCGUUCUGAUUCAUGGCUCAAGGUUAAGCGAGAUUAUGUAGAUGGAUUAGGUGACACAUUGGAUUUAGUUCCUAUAGGUGCUUGGCAUGGCAACGGGAGAAAAGCAGGAUGGUAUAGUCCAUUCCUCAUGGCCUGCUUUAACCCUGAGACAGAGGAGUUCCAAAGUGUCUGCCGUGUCAUGUCUGGCUUUUCUGAUGCCUUUUACAUUGAGAUGAAAGAGUUCUACUCAGGGGAUAAGAUCCUAGCGAAAAAGCCGCCUUACUACAGAACUGGGGAGACACCGGACAUGUGGUUUUCUGCAGAGGCUGUAUGGGAAAUCAGAGGUGCGGAUUUAACCGUCUCGCCGGUUCACCAUGCCGGUUUAGGUCUCGUUCAUCCAUCUCGAGGCAUCUCAGUUAGGUUUCCUAGAUUUAUCCGUAAAGUGAAUGAUAGGAAUCCAGAGGAAUGCAGCACGGCUGCAGAAAUCGCAGAGAUGUUUCAAGCUCAAACCAGGAAAAUGAACAUCACGUCUCAACACUAAUAUGCUCCUAACUAUCUGAUUAGCUGCAUGCAGUUAACCUUUUUUUUUUGUUCGUUUAGGCGUUUUACCUAACUUAAACAGUAAACACAGUAUUUUGAAGUAGUUGGUUUGGUGCCCCUUUUGUAA